CUGGCCACGCACCGCAAGCGAAAGCCCCUUCCUUUCCUCGCUCGGCCGCCGCACUCCCCGCUCCACGCCUCCACGGACGCCACCGCCGCGGCUGAGCAUCUACGGAACUUGGCUGCAUAGCCUAGCAUGGGGAAGAGGCCGAGGACGACUCCGCGGCGCGCGCCGGCACGGCCCCCUCCGAAGUCCAAGCGGACCGACGAGCUGGCGGCGAUGUCCGACUCCGACGACGACGAGAUUGAAGCAUUCCACAAGCAGCAGGACAUGAUCCCCCUUGACGACGACGAUGCGAGGGAGUCGGAGGAUGACGAUAUGGAGCAGCCCGUGUUCGACCUGAAGGGUGUUUCUGAUAGCGAAACUGAUGAUGGCGAAGGAGAAGAGAACGAUAACAUGGAAGCUAACUAUGAAGAUUGGGACAAAGGGUAUAUUGCAAAAUUAAAAAGAGCAGCGAGGGUUGUGAAACAAAUUGCUGGAGGUGAUGAUAGCAUGGAUGAGCAGGAGGAAGAUGAAAAGACCAAAAAUGUUUGGGGCAGAGGUAAAGGGGCAUACUAUGACAAACAGCUUGGUGAAAGUGGUGAUGAUGAGUUGGAUUAUGAGGAGGAGGUGCAAAGGAUCCAAAAAGAAAAUCAAGAAAAUCUGUCUAUGAAAGAUUUUGGAUUAGAAGAUGGUGAAAGUGAUGAAGAGAAUGAUGGCACAAAGCAGGCAUCCAACCAUGAAACCAAAAUGAAAGAAAACCUUGCUGUCCUAUCAAGCAAUGACAAAAUGGGUGUGCUAUACAGUUCUGCUCCUGAACUCGUUAGCUUGUUGUCUGAGUUGAAGGAGGCCCAUGAAGAAUUUAGGGCUAUAGGACAGCUCAACAAUCAGGUGACAGCUGGUCUAGGCAAAGCUAAAGGUGGAAUGCUACCUUUGGAAGUGAAGAAAGCUUGUUUGCUUGCUUAUUGUCAAGCUAUUACCUUCUACCUCCUUAUGAAAGCUGAGGGGUUGUCCGUGCAGGAUCAUCCUGUAAUUUCUCGCCUUGUAGAGACCAAGAAUAUGGUAGACAAGAUGAAGCAAGUCACCACGAAUCUAGGUAGGCAAGAGGGGAGCACUGAUGGCCAUAACAUGGAUAGUGGCACCAUCCAAGCUGAUAAGAUAGUCUCAUUGGACAAACAGGAGGGCAAAUGUAGCAAAGUACUAACACUGGAUAAAGUGAAACAAGGUGCUGAAGUCUCUGAAUCGAGAAAGAGUGAGCCUUCUAAUAAUGAUCGCCACAAAGUUAACAAAGAGAAGAACAAGGAUGAGCACAUAGGCUUGCAAAGCCUGGAAAUGUUGAAAGUAAGAGCCAACCUUGAGGAAAGAUUAAAGAAAAAGGGGCUCUAUAAUUUGACAAGAUCGAAGCCAGAGAAGUUGUCAAAAACCAGGACAACUAGUAAUCAAAGAGACCUGCAGACAUUGGAUGACUUUGAUGAUGAAGUGCAGAGGAAUAAUCAAAUGAUGAAACCUAGCAAGCUUGUGGCAGCUGCUGCUAAAUCUAAUAAAAACAAGUUUGUUUCUGGUGAUGAUGAUCUUCCAAAGCGAGAUAAUGUUGGUGAAAGGCGGAGGAAACAUGAGCUUCGUGUCCUAUCAAGAGUAGGAGCUAACUCAGUUGAAUAUGAUCAUGAGUUGCCAGAAGAUGGUGACGGUUCUGAAGACGAGUUCUAUCAGGAUGUGAAAAGACAGAGGACUGAAAAACUGUCAUUUAAGAAUGAGAAGUACUUACCAACUCGUGGCAUUCAACCCGUGGAGGAAGAAACUGAAGGAGAUGGCAAGAGGAAGAUUUCAUAUCAGAUCGAGAAGAACAGGGGCUUGACACGUUCCAGAAAUAGGGACAAGAAGAAUCCGCGAAAGAACUACAGGGAUAAGCAUAAGAAAAAGCUUGUCAAGCGGAAAGGCCAAGUGCGUGACAUCAAGAAGCCAUCCCGUCCCUAUGGAGGUGAAAUGUCCGGCAUCAACCCUAACGUUAGCCGCAGCGUUCGGUUCAAGAGUUAAUUUCAUUUGUAUGUUCAGUUUUAUAAUGUUGGACAUGAAAAUUUUAGUCAAACGGUUGUGUGGUAACCGGGAGCCACAUAAUUUGUCUUCUGAUAUUAGAUUAGCAGAAUAUUGACUUGCUAAAUAUAAUUGUCGCCUGUGACCUUUACUGGUGAAAAACAAUGCCAUGAUAUUCUCUUGU